UCUCGCGCUGCUUGUGUCGCUUCGGAGGCGACUGUCGCAGAGCCUUGUCAUCCCGACCCUGGGAAGCCCGGCUUCCUCCCUCAAAGGGUCUGGCAGAAAUGUCUAACGCAAAAGAAAGAAAACAUGCUAAGAAAAUGAGAAACCAGCCCACCAAUGUCACUUUAUCCUCUGGCUUUGUGGCUGAUAGAGGUGUAAUGCACCAUAAUGGAGGCAGAAAACAUUUUCAAGCUCAGAAAUCAGAGCCUCAUUCUGGAACUUCAAGACAUCGUCAAACCAAAAUGACUCACCAUUCACUGCCUGAUCCUGAUGCAAAUGAGCAGUCUGCCUCCAAAGUCACCUUUAAAAAAAAGGGAGGAUGGAAAGCAGGUCCUGAGGGUACUUCUCAGGAGAUUCCCAAGUAUAUAACUGCUGCUACAUUUGCUCAAGCCCGAGCUGCUGAAAUCAGUGCCAUGUUGAAAGCAGUGACCCAGAAGUCCUCUAAUUCACUGGUUUUCCAAACUUUGCCACGUCACAUGAGACGAAGAGCCAUGAGCCACAAUGUCAAACGCCUUCCUCGACGGUUACAGGAGAUUGCCCAGAAAGAGGCAGAGAAAGCAGUACAUCAGAAAAAAGAGCAUUCCAAAAAUAAAUGCCAUAAAGCUCGAAGAUGUCAUAUAAACCGGAUGCUGGAAUUUAACCGUAGACAAAAGAAGAACAUAUGGUUAGAAACUCACAUCUGGCAUGCCAAGCGGUUUCACAUGGUCAAGAAGUGGGGCUAUUGCCUUGGAGAGAGGCCAACAGUGAAAAGCCACCGAGCCUGCUAUCGAGCCAUGACCCAUCGUUGCCUCCUCCAGGAUUUAUCCUACUACUGUUGUUUGGAGUUGAAGGGCAAAGAGGAAGAGAUACUAAAGGCACUCUCUUUAAUGUGUAGCCUAGACACAGGAUUGACUUUUGCAGCUGUUCACUGCUUGUCUGGGAAGCGCCAAGGCAGUCUCAUGCUUUAUCGCGCAAAUAAGUACCCCAGAGAAAUGCUGGGGCCUGCUACAUUUAUUUGGAAGCCAAAGAGGGCUGACACUUCUGAGAGCAGGCAGCUGUGGAUCUGGCUUCAUCCAACUCUUAAACAGGAUAUCUUGGAGGAGAUAAAGGCGGUAUGCCAGUGUGUGGAACCGAUCAUACCAGCUGUCUGCGUCUCUGACCCCUGUCUGACAGCAACCCAAGAGAAAAGCCAAACUGAAUUGUCUAAUGAGAAAAUUGGCAAGAAAAGGAAACGGAAAGAUGAUGGAGGAAAUGGUAAACCAAUUAAAAAAGUUUGCGGUGAUGGAACUAGAGAUCCACAGCAGCCAUAUUCUUGGAUCUCUCCAACCACAGACAUUGUAAUCAGUGAUUUGUCAAUGGAGAUGAACAGAUUCCGGCUGAUUGGUCCACUUUCACAUGCCAUCCUAACCGAGGCACUAAAAACUGCUUCUGUCCACACCGUAAGAGUGAGUGAAGACACAGAGAAGACACCUCACCAGUGGUGGAUUGACACCUGUAAGGAUCCUGAUAGUGUUUCUCUUCAUCACAGACAAGAAGCCAUUUUUGAAUUGUUGGGAGGAAUAACAUCACCAGCAGAAAUUCCAGCAGGGACUAUUCUAGGACUAACAGUUGGGGAUCCACGAAUAAAUUUGCCUCAGAAGAGGUUCAAAGUUUUACCCAGUCCAGAAAAAUGCCAAGAUAAUGAGAAAGUUAGACAGCUGCUGCUGGAGGGUGUGCCUGUGGAGUGUACGCAUAGCUUUAUUUGGAACCAAGCUAUCUGUAGGAGUGUCACAGAGAAUAAAAUCUCGGAUCAGGAUUUAAACCGGAAAAGAAGUGAAUUGCUGGUGCCUGGGUCCCAGCUUGUUUUAGGUCCCCAGGAAUCCAAGAUACCUAUCCUUCUGAUUCAGCAACCCGGGAAGGUGACUGGUGAUGACCGCCGAGGCUGGGGGAGCGGCUGGGAUAUCCUGCUCCCCAAGGGCUGGGGCAUGGCUUUCUGGAUUCCAUUUAUCUAUCGAGGGGCAAGAGUUGGAGGAUUAAAAGAGACUCUAGUACAUUCUCAGUAUAAAAGGUUGCCUAAUAUUCCAGGUGAUUUCCCAGACUGCCCUGCUGGGAUUCUCUUUGCUGAAGAACAAGCUAAGAAUCUUCUUGAAAAGUACAAAAGACGCCCUCCUGCAAAACGGCCCAACUAUGUUAAACUCGGCACUCUGGCCCCCUUCUGGUGCCCCUGGGAGCAGUUAACUCGGGACUGGGAAUCCAGAGUCCAGGCCAAAGAGGAAUCUUCUGUAGCUUCCUCUCCCAAUAGUGAGGAGUGCGACUGGAGAAGAGACGCAAUGCCUUGUGCCACCACACCUGAGAAGGCUGGCCAGCUGCCCAGUGAAGUGGACAUCUCCGUCAACCACUCAUGUGAGCCGGAAGGAGUAAUGGACACAGAGUGCCCAGGCCAGGCAGGGUCUGAGCUGGUGGCAGGCCCAGGUGCCUCGGGGAGUGUCCUCUGCGUCCUCAGGAGCAGAAAAUCACUGAAGCAACUGUCAGCCUGGUGUGAGCCCAGCUCCGGGGACAGUCGGGCAGCCAGGAGAGCUGCUAGCAGAGGACAGCAGGAGUUGACCAGACAGGCCUGCCUGUCCAUCUUGGGCCAGUUCCCCAGGGCUCUGGUGUGGGUCAGCCUGUCCCUGCUCAGGAAGGGCAGCCCCGAGCCACACACCAUGAUCUGCGUCCCGGACAAGGAAGACUUGCUCCGGCUCAGGCAGGAUCGGCUCUACCGUGGGCCCCAGGAAAUGAAGCAUGGCGACCCAUUCAAGAGUGCCAUCCGGAAACAGAAGGAGAUGAAGAAAACAGAGAAAAAGCAGAGCCAAGGGUGUGCUGCGGCUGAGGGCCUGACAGCAGGGGACCCUGCAGCCACACAGCAUGCUCUGACCCUGGGCUUGUGGUCAGGCCCUCUCCCAGCUGUCACUUGUCACUGCUCCAGAGUUCUCCUCGGCUUUGUCACACAGGGAGAUUUCUCCAUGGCUGUGGGCUGUGGAGAAGCUCUGGGGUUUGUUAGUUUGACAGGCCUGCUGGAUAUGCUGUCCAGCCAGCCUGCAGCAGAGAGGGGCUUAGUGUUGCUGAGGCCUCCUGCGUCUCUACAGUAUCGGUUUGCAAGAAUUUCUAUUGAGCUGUAAGUGCCAUUCACACCCCUGCAAGGUGUGAUAACUGUUUGCCAAGUCCCGAAAUGGAGGGAUUUAUUUCCCACAUCUUCUGCUUCAAAAUAUCAUGUGAAAUUUCUUGGGAACAAAAAUUUUAAAUGUAUUAUGCAAAUACAUUUAAAAUUUUAAAUGUAUUAUGCAAAUGGAUGAAAUGUUUACAUCAUUCCAGUAAUCUCAUUGAUUUCUAUCUGCCUUUGCUGUCGUACUUUAAUUUAUUGGGCAUAUAUGGCCAAAAGCUUUUAUAUUAUGAUUUUUCUGGGUCUGUGUAAUUCUUGCUGAAGAUAAUUAGAAGCUCUGUGUUUUCUCGAAUCUUUUUUUUUUAAUUAAGAACAAAGGGCUGUCAAGUCUGUUUGAAAAACCUCGUAGCUAUGUGAUAAGCAAUAGCGGUUAUUUAAUGAUUUGACUGUUACAGAAGAGGAAGAGGGCCUCCCCUGGUGGCGCAGCGGUUGAGCGCUGGGCUGCGAAGCUCUGCAGCACUGGUUUGAUCCCCGGCCACCGGCGAGGGUCCCACAUAGCGCGCAGACCUUCCCUGCCGCCUGCUGCUCCCCUCAGCAGUGUACCUCAUCACUCUGCCUGUUCUGUUCCCCGCUCUGGCUCUGGUGAAUUCUCUCACCCUCCCGCGCUU